GUCCUCGUGAUUCUUACGGGAAAUUUUAGUUUGGUUUCGAGAUGAAAAGGAUGUGACUUUUCUUGUUUCAUGCCGGUUGGAUGCGAAGUAUGCUUAACUUGAUGAGCGCGGUCAGACAACUGCGAUCUUCGAUUACCGCUCGUAAACUGCACCCUGCUUUCUUUCACAAAUACAGCUAAAUAUUAGGGCGAAAAGGGAGAGAGAGGAGUCGAGUUCUGAAUAACCGUUCUACUCAGCUCUUCAGGAAUGCUAUGAAGAAGAAGAAACGAUCAUAGAUCAAAGAGUCAGACGAAAAGUAACACCUAAGGAAGUUCAGGCCGAUGUGAUUGGGGGAAAUGCCUCAGUAGUGUCGGAUUCGAGUUAUUUAUUGUAUUGCAAAUGCAACUUAGACGUGUUAACUCUCUACUUCGUGGUGGACUUUUGUCGAACCGUUCCCAAGGAACAAGCUGUUCAGUGCUCUCAAAUAAGAAGGUAUGACUGAGUUAGUUCUCCAUGAAGCGGCUGUCAAUGGCGACUACCAGCAGCUUGAGAGCAUGUUAAUGAUCCACCGAAUAGAUGUCGAUUAUAAAGAUGAAGACUUUGGCGAUCGUACAGCGCUCCACUGGGCGGCCUCCAAAGGGCACGCCAAGUGUGUGAAACUUCUUUUGGAAUACGGCGCUGAUCCUGCCGCUCGUAUGGUGGGAGGCUGGACACCAGCUCACUGCGCGGCGGAGACCGGACGCUCAAAUGUACUCAAGAUCUUAAUCGAACACCAGGCCCCUGUCAUGAUUGCGGAUAACUCGGGGGACACGCCUAAAAGGGUAGCGGAGAUAUACGGACAUACGGCUUGUAUUGAACUUCUUGAAAGCGCUGAAGAGUCCUCUGUCCAAAAACAGCUUCUUAUUAGAGACAAGUUCCGCUCCAACACAAGAAAAGUUUCACGCAUUGUGGCUGAGAAAGGCUUGGAGGGUCUUCAAGGAAAAGUGACAGACGUAGCCAGCUAAGUUAUUGGUGCUAUGUCGGUUUGUGACGAAUCUCCUAAAUUCACGAUAAGUAGGUGAUAAAGACCUUAUCGCAAAUGGCGUCGUGGGAUACUACGCGAUCUAUUACGCGCGAAUCACGUGCGCAUCACGCGCGAAUUAGGGCGACUUUAAACGGAAUAAGAAUCGCACCGAUGCAAAUACUCGAGGAUGUGUAAGAAGGUGGACUCGACUUAAGUGUAGAAUUUUACUAUCUUGUCAUGGACGUUCGGGAAAGUUGGAUCUGUAUCCUUGACAUUUGUUCAACCGACCUUCAAAAGGGCUUGUUUUGAUUAGAUAGGUCGAUAACUUCACAUGUAUUGUAAGUCUACUUUGAUGGGUACUCCAACUCUAAGGUUGUGCCCAGUCUCACUCUUUGUCAAUCUUUAUUCACAGUCCAGUUCCUGUUGUUAAAUUGAAAUUCUGAUAAUCCUUUUUAGCCGAGGGUAGACGGAUUUCCCUUAAAAAAAAAAAAAAAAAAAAAGAACAAGCAAAACAACAACAAAAUGAUCAUAGUUUUAUGACGAAGAUUUCCUACCUAUCUGUUAUCUCUUGAUCUGCUACGAUCAGUGUAUAAACAGCGAAAUUUCUAUAGACUGGAGAAUGCUGUGGCGACAGGAGUCACAGGAGAGUGUUAAUAUACCGAUUUCGUUUUA